GGACCCAGAAGUAUCUAGACAUUUCCAGAAGCCACACUCCUUACCCCUCCAUAUAUAUACACAUCAACUGCCAUUUGUAUAAAUUUUUUAGACGCAGUGUUGUAUACACACAAAUAUCUCUCAAUUUCCCCUUUCUGUAUUACUAUAAUCAUGAGCCGACAUCCUACUGUCAAGUGGGCCCAGAGAUCUGAUAAGUUGUUUAUCACAGUCGAGUUGCCGGAUGCCAAGAAUGUGAAGCUGAAACUGGAACCAGAAGGAAAAUUCUUCUUUUCUGCAACUGCACGAGCUGAUAAUGUACCAUAUGAAGUGGAUCUCGAUCUAUUCGAUAAAAUCAAAGUUGAUGAGAGCAAAAGUAGUAGUACUUCUAGAAAUAUCAUGUAUCUAGUGAAGAAGGCAGAAGACAAAUGGUGGAGCAGACUGAUAAAGCAGGCAGGUUUACGUCCGGUGUUUUUGAAAGUUGACUGGGACAAAUGGGUUGAUGAAGACGAAGAAGAUGGCAAACUUGGGCCGGAUAUGGAUUUCGGUGACAUGGACUUUUCGAAACUCAACAUGGGAGAAGGUCCUAGCGAUUUUGAUGCUGAUGUGCCUGAGGGAGACGAUGAUGGCAGUGACACUGAAGAAGUUGAGGAGGAAGAAGAUUCUGCACAUAGUGAACCUAAGGCAGCAGUGCCUCCAGGCGCCGAACCCAAAGCAAAAGCUUUAUGAUUUUGUAACAUUUGAACACUUAUAACUGCUUGAGGUUUAGUGUAGAGAACGGAACAAAAUAAAGUUGGGUCGAAUGAAUAAAUGGAUAGGGCUCUGGCUGAAUAUUUUAUGUAUCGUGAACGACUAGUUGUGGUUAGAGCUAUAGAGCAGGAAAUGUUUGAUGAUCAGUUCAUGAUA